AUGGAAUCUCGAUUGGCGCCGUCUGAGGAAACAUGUUCAGAACGCCAGUGUCGAGAUUCUGUAAGUCGAUACCUUGAAACGUUUGAUCUUUCCGAGUGGUGGGAUGAAUUACGAGAUAUCCGGCCCCGUUGGGGAAUUAAAUCAACGCGACUUGGUGUGUCCGACUCCGUUUGGCCUAGUGCAUGUUCGGUUAUGGUCAAAAAUUGUCCAGAUGAAAUGCCCUGUUUUCGUAUAUCCGUAAAAAUCGGAUUGCACAAUGCGUCCACAAGCAUUUGGGAUGAGACUGAUUUGGCAGAACUAAAUAGCUUACGACACGGAACGAAGAUUGGUUGCAAACCCAUGUAUGCUAUUGUUUCUGUAGUUAUUGAUCGGGCUAAAGCGGCGCCGGCACUUUUGAAACCUAAAUUUAAAAAAACGGACAAGAAGAGACAGAAAUACAAAAGCAGUGCAAAUUUUGAAUAA